CGAUCGUGCGUGUGUCCCUCCCGUUCGUAUCGACGCAGCAGAAGUUGCCCCUCCUUGAGUGCCAAGAUGAUGUGCGGAGGGACCAGCGAAUCCAAGGCAGCCACAAAAGAAACGCAGGAGAUUGUCGAAGAGGUGAAGGCACAGGUGGAAGAAAAAGAAGGCAGAAGCUUUGAAAUCUUCACUGCUAUUGCAUUUAAAUCGCAAGUGGUUGCUGGAACAAACUACUUCAUCAAGGUCCAUGCUGGCGAUGAGGAGUACCUUCACCUGCGAGUGUUCAGAAGCCUGCCUUGUGAAAACAAACCACUGCAACUUACCAGUUACCAAAGCAAGAAAGCAAAGCACGAUGCGCUGACUUACUUCUAGGACUUUUUUUUUGUAUGUGAAGUUUCUCUAGCACCUCUUAAUUUUUUUAAAUCAGUGUUUACUUUGCAAAUGCAAAGAAUAAUUUCCUCUUUCUAUCGCAUCCUUGCAAGUAUGGGGUUUUGAAUCCAUAGCGGUUUAACCAUGUCUUGAUUAUACUGUAUUCCUGUGCUUGCAAGUAAUCAUGAUAUUCACAAGAAUUAUUGUACAUCUGAUGUGCAUUUGUUCUUUGUAUGUUAUAUCAAUAGCACCUUCCUACCCCCACAAUCUUCCAAAAUUUGCUGGCCUUUUAGUAAAUACAGCACAUGCUUGAAACAAC